AUGAGGCUGCCGCAAGGAGCCUGUUUGCUAGCCGGGCUAUUUGCGGUUUUCGUUGCUGCAAAUGAAGUCAAAAUUACACAGAAAGAUUCAGACAGGCAGCAAUGCAAUGGCGUGUACAGCAGAAAAGCCUGGGGCGGCGAUACAGACCCUUUCAUUCUCACCAAAUUCACGAAAGCCACUCCUGAAGGUGACGAAGAUCCGGUCGUCAGCCUCGUCAUAUAUGAGUGGAAAGACGAGGACUUGGUCGGGGUAUGGGAGUCUGAUGAGGCAGAAUCGAGAACAUGGGUCUGUACCGAUGAUAAAGUCGAGGCCAACCUGUGCAAGCAAGAACAAAUAGGCGAAUUCAUUCUCGACCCAGACAUAGCAAACACGUCCAGGAAUCCUGUCAUUACAAAGUCAAUACAUCUUAAAGAUCCAGAGGAGGUGAAAUAUCCUAUUCAACGAACCGGUUAUUACUGUGUCGGAACUUAUGGGUUCUCAAUCUCCGAGUACAAAGCUGUGGUAGAGUUCCGAAAUGCAUACGGGGAGCUUCAAGCAUCUCAGAUUGCUAAACUUCCUUUCUACGGAGGCUUGACAAUCGUGUACGCGUUUUUGGGCUUUCCUUUAUGUGCAAAAUCGCCACGACAUAUGUAUGGCCUUGUCAAACAGAAUGUGCCGGUGCAAAACUACAUCACAGCAAUCAUUAUUUUCUUGAUUGUGGAGCAAUUUAUGACUUGGGGUUAUUACGGUAAAGGAGACCUCAUCUCUCGCUACUCUCUGCUAAUUUCGCAAGACUAUACGAACGUGCAUGGUAGCAACGCUUUCGACAAAGUUUUGAUGAUCAUCGUCGCUAUUCUGAAUGCAGGACGGAAUUCCUUUUCCUUCUUCCUCCUCCUCAUAGUGUGUAUGGGCUACGGAGUCGUUAAACCUAGCCUGGGCAAGACAAUGUGGUAUGUACGAGCACUGGCGCUCACUCACUUCGUCUUCGGGGUCAUCUACGCCAUCGCAAGCUUGACAAUCACUCCUGAUAACGCUGGCCCUCUGGUUCUUCUUGUGAUCUUGCCAUUGGCAGGCACUUUGACAGCCUUUUAUGUCUGGACCCUCAAUUCACUGAGCUUCACAAUGAAAGACCUGUUGGAGCGGAAACAGAACGUAAAGGCCCUCAUGUACAAGAAGCUCUGGUGGUGCAUACUUGGAAGCAUCAUUGUCAUAUUUGGAUUCUUCUUCUUAAAUUCCUUCAACUUUGCAGGGAGAAGGGAUCCUGACUUCGUUCCGGGUCAUUGGAAGACAAGAUGGUUCAUUCUAGAUGGUUGGUUGAACCUGGUCUACCUGUUCGACAUCGCAUUUAUAGCCUAUCUUUGGCGGCCCACUGUAAACAACAGAAGGUUUGCAAUGAGCGAUGAGCUUGCGCAAGACGAUGAAGGCUUUGAGAUCGCUUCGUUCGGAGGCUCACUCGACGACGAAGAAGACGCACGAUCUCCAACUCAUGAACCGAACGGCGCACUCUCACCAAUACCACCAAAGCCUAUGAACGAGCACAACCCAACCCUACGGCAAUCUCUGGACGGCGAGACGAUCUUCGCCGUGGGUGAGGACGUAGACAAAUUUUCCGAAGAUGAAUCACCGAGGAAUUCAGAGGAGAGGACACGAUUGACAGCAAAAAACUAG